AUGCCGACACUAUUUUCCUCCUAUAUAAAGGCUCCCGCCGAGCAUUCUGCUGCUACAUUCCGCAAUUGUGAGGAGAGGGGACGCAAUUAUGUAUGUGAUGAUGAAGACAUUGACUGUAUGAUAAGUGCUUGUGAAGAACGGCAUGAAAGAGUAGUUGAGUUAUAUGUGGAUAUUGCGGUUGGUGAAACUUCUCAUGUAGGUGAAAAUUUGUUAUGUUUAAAUGUAUCACUCCCAACUGUGUCUGUUAGUGACAAUGAAGAAGAGUAUGCAAUUGGAGGAGAUGACGAAGAUGAGUACGAUGAUGACUAUGAAGAUGAAGGAGAAAUUCCUUUAGAUAGUUCUUCUGAUACUGAUUUGGAAGAUGGCUUCGAUUCAAUGAUGACAGUUCCAAACACUGAAAGAAAUAACAUUAUGCAAGGACAAUCUGCAGAUUCUAUAACACCUUUUUGGAACAUAAGUUCACACUACACUGCUAUUAAUUGGGAACAUCUUGAUCAAGAAUUGAAUUUUUCGGAGUUGCAUUCGUCACAAUCAUGGGUACAAGGAGAUACAUUAUAUGUUGGACAACUAUUUGACUCUAAAGAGGAGGUAAAGAUGGCGAUAAAACAUUAUGCAAUGAAGAAACAUCAAACAUUUUUUGUGGUUGAGUCAAAAGCAUCAACUCAUUUUGUCAAGUGUGUAAAUCAUAUUUCCGGGUGUCCUUGGAAAGUAAGAGCAUUGCUUCCCAAAAAUUCAAAUAAGUGGAAAAUUACGAGAUGGGGUGGUAUGGUCAAAGAAGAACCUUCUGUUCCCGUUUCAUUAAUCCAAGAGAGAAUAAGUGGCCAAUUUGGGUAUUCAGUUUCAUACAAAAAAGCAUGGAAAGCAAAGCAAAAAGCAAUUGUGACAAUAUUUGGUGAUUGGGAUGAAUCUUAUGCAACAUUACCAAGAUGGUUAGAAUACAUGCAAUUACAUGCUCCAGGGUCAGUUUACAAAAUUGAGACCAAUGAUUAUGUGAGAGGUAAUGUAAUGGAUAAUAGAUUCAGAGUCUUUCAUCGAGUAUUUUGGUCGUUUAGGCAAUGUCGUGAAGCCUUCAAGUUUUGCAAGCCUAUAAUACAGGUAGACGGUACCUUUUUGUAUGGUAAGUAUAAGCAAACAUUGCUUAUUGGUACAACUCAAGAUGGCAAUAACAGUGUGCUUCCUAUAGCAUUUGCCAUUGUUGAAGGAGAAACAUUAUCAGCAUGGGAAUGGUUCUUAGCCAUGAUCCGUCUAAAUGUUACUGAUAAAACUGGAAUUUGUUUAAUAUCUGAUCGCCAUCAAAGUAUUAAAAGUGUUGUGUCUAAUCCACAUAUUGGGUGGCAACCUCCUAAUGCUUACCAUGUUUAUUGCAUUCGUCACAUUGCAAGCAAUUUCAAUAGAAGAUUCAAAAAUUCCGCAAUGAAGAGUAUGCUUAUGAAAUUAGCGUAUACACCUUGCAAGCAAAGAUUUGAAGCUGGUCUUAAUAAAUUCCGUUCGCAUUCUCCUGAAGUUCAAACAUAG